CCAAAAGUAUUCGCCCCAUUUACCACAAUUGUGUUCUCCCUGCCACAGCUGAACACUCGCAUCUCGACGAUGGGCGGCGGCAGCAGCAAGGAUUCUAGCGGUAAGCAGAGCUCGUCCAAUGGCAAUGACGCCGUCUCCGCUAGGGACGAGAUACUGGGUAUGGUGCUGGACGGUCUCAUGCUCUACACCAUGUACCAAACGUCCAAGUACUUGUACAAGGCAAGCAAAAUGAGCUCUGACGUGGUGCGACAUCGUAAAGCUAACACUGGUUAUUGCUGUUGCUAUUGCUGCAGCAACUGAAGCCCAUGAUGGACGACUGGAGCAAGGGCCAGGAUAGUCAGGCAAAGCUGCAGAACCGCCUGAAGCGCACAGGUCGCCGUGUGUUCAAUACGAAUUAUUUCGAGAACGUGAUCGCUGGUGACAUUGUAGACCCACAGGACAUCGACGUGUCAUUCGAGGACAUCGGCGGCUUAGAGCGACAGAAGCGCGACAUCCACGAUCUGGUUGUCCUUCCUCUUAAAAGUCCCGAGUUCUUCGCUUCUCGAGGGAAGCUGCUCACUGUCCCCAAGGGUAUUUUACUCUAUGGCAAACCUGGUACAGGCAAGACAAUGCUGGCCAAGGCGAUCGCCAAGGAGUCAGGCGCUUUCUUCAUCGAUCUCAAGAUCAGUACGAUCAUGAGCAAGUGGUUCGGCGAGUCGCAGAAGCUCGUACGGGCCGCUUUCUCGCUGGCUCGGAAACUGGCGCCGUGCAUCAUUUUCAUCGAUGAGGUCGAUUCCUUCAUGGGCAAGCGAGGCGGCGUGUCAGACCCGACGUUCUCGUCCAUGAAAACGGAAUUCCUGGCGCUUUGGGACGGAUUCACUGAGAUGAGCACUGAAGACGAUGGAGGCUUCGGUGUCAUUAUCAUGGGUGCGACCAAUCGUCCGGGCGAUGUGGACCCUGCUUUCCUGCGUCGAAUGCCUCGUACGUUUGAGAUUGGACUGCCCAACAGACCACAGCGUGAGAAGAUUCUCCGACUGCAGCUUAAGACGGAGCGGGUGGACGACAGUUUUGAUUUUGCCCAGCUCGCCAACGACACGAUGUACUAUAGUGGAAGCGAUCUGAAGGAGUUGUGUCGAGCUGCUCUGAUGAUUCCUCUUCGAGAGCAUAUCGACAAUUGCCGUGCUGCAGCAGAAGAAGCUGCAAAGAACCCGACAGUUAAAGACGAGAAGCCCCAAAUCUACGAUGAGGCAGCUCAACCUGAGCCUCCUACGAUGCGUCCUCUGUCGAUGGCUGAUUUUGACGAAGCUAGAACCAUGGUACAGCCUACUGGUGCGACAGCGUAUGCGUAUGAGAACGCUCAGGAGGAUCAGAAGCCGUCUCGGCCAGCGUCCGGCGGCCCUGGGAUGUCUAUCGACCCCGAGAUGUUUGCGGCGAUUAUGGCCGCGGGUCUGCAAAACUUGAUGCAGCAGAGCCGCAAUGUCACUCCACAUUUCGAGUAGAUUCACAAGGAAGAGAGAUACCGACCUUUUUAGAUGAAUAAACGCUUCCUGAGAACGUACACCUUGUGCUGAGCUUGCGGAUCCACUUGAGCGAUGCCCAGCAUUGUCGAUGAUGAGUAAAUGCGAAUGGGUUCACCGCUGGUGAGGUUGAAGCGGUUGUGGCCCACGAACUCGAUAUCUUCUGCUGGGGUAGCAACACUGCCGCCAUUCAGCCAGUACUGGGCAGUUUUGGACGGCAAUUCAGCAAAAGGGAGAUGCUGGAGCAUGUUCUCGAUCGGUUGAAGUGGAGACUCCCCACGCUGUUGAUAACAGAAGAAUAGCUCGUUAGAUUCCCAGCGGAGUAUUCUCUUCGUUCACUGCAGCAAUGCAUACCUCUACUUUGGAUCGGAUCUCAUCGAAGUCGAGACUGUCAGCGAUGGUAAAAGCCCCACUUCGAGUCCGCUCUAGCUCAGUCAGCGUUCCUCCGACACAACAUUCGCCUGCAGGAUUGCGCAAUGUGCACGUCGAGUCCACGUACUCGGGUGGUACAAUUAGUGCCUCGCCGCAUUCCCGUGCAAUGGAUCGGAUGUAGGUGCCCCCUCCACAGACGACGUUAAUAUCCACCUGUGCACGGUGUCAUCAGGUAAGUUUCAUCCAACAAGCAAUGACAUUACUAUCCAAUCAAUCGACCCAACCUCCGGAAAAUCUCCUUGAGUAAAGCUCUGAACGUCGAUCCUCUCAAUAUUCACUCGUCUCGGC